GGCACAAACAAACGAGUGCUAUUUUACUGCAAGAAUAAAAAUACAAAACUCUACCGGGUGAGACCGUAAGCGAACUCCUAUAUAAAGCAAACCCUGCCGUAACGACCGUAACCCUAGUUUGGCCACCCUCCCCUCCCCCGUAUUUUGUAUUUAUUUAGUAUACUCUCUCCUUUCUUGUAACCCCUCCAAAACCCUAGCUCCUUCACUCACUGCCGCCGAUUUAAACCAUAUAUAUUUUCUCCUUUUCUUUCAGGAAGUAAAUAGAUUUUUGAUAAGCUGCGCAAAGCGAUGUCGGAUGAUGAGAGAGAGGAAAAGGAGUUGGAUCUCACUUCCCCUGAAGUUGUUACUAAAUACAAAAGCGCUGCUGAGAUCGUUAACAAGGCGUUACAGUUAGUUGUUAAAGAAUGCAAGCCAAAAGCCAAGAUUGUUGACAUUUGUGAGAAGGGUGAUGUAUUUAUCAGAGAGCAAACAAGCAACAUGUACAAGAAUGUUAAGAGGAAGAUUGAGAGGGGUGUUGCCUUCCCUACUUGCCUUUCUGUUAACAACACUGUCUGUCAUUUCUCUCCACUUGCUAGUGACACGUCGGAGUUGGAAGAAGGUGAUAUGGUGAAGAUUGAUAUGGGUUGCCACAUUGAUGGGUUUAUUGCUGUAGUUGCACACACUCAUGUUAUUCAGGAUGGGCCAGUCACUGGCAGGCAGGCUGAUGUUGUUGCUGCUGCAAAUACUGCGGCUGAAGUUGCCUUGAGGCUUGUCAGGCCUGGAAAGAAGAAUAAAGAUGUAACAGAUGCAAUUCAGAAGGUUGCUGCAGCUUAUGACUGCAAAAUUGUUGAAGGUGUUCUUAGCCAUCAACUGAAGCAGUUUGUGAUAGAUGGAAACAAAGUCAUACUAAGCGUCUCCAACCCAGAUGCAAAAGUCGAUGAUGUGGAGUUUGAGGAGAAUGAAGUUUAUGCAGUAGAUAUAGUUGCAAGCACUGGUGAAGGCAAGCCAAAGCUGUUGGAUGAGAAGCAGACAACUAUUUAUAAAAGAGCAGUUGACAAGAAUUAUCAUUUAAAGAUGAAGACCUCUCGAUUUAUUUUCAGUGAAAUAAAUCAGAGAUUUCCCAUCCUGCCAUUCACUGCUCGGGCUUUGGAAGAGAAAAGAGCUCGUCUAGGUUUAGUUGAAUGUGUUAAUCAUGACCUCUUGCAGCCAUAUCCUGUUCUUCAUGAGAAGCCUGGCGAUUAUGUUGCUCAUAUCAAGUUCACCGUGUUGCUAAUGCCUAACGGAUCAGAUCGGAUUACAUCCCAUCCUUUGCAGGAGCUGCAGCCAACCAAGGUAAUAGAUGAUCCUGAAGUCAAGGCCUGGUUAGCCUUGGGAACAAAGACGAAGAAAAAAGGUGGUGGGAAGAAGAAGAAAGGUAAGAAGGAUGAUAAAGCUGAGGAAUCCGCUGAAGCUGAAGUUGAGCCUAUGGAUGCAUCAACAAAUGGUGGUGCAUCUUAAAAAAAACAUUAUCAUGUUCUUAUCUCCUCGUAUUUUUCAAUUUUGGUACUUUGUUCACUUGUAUCUGGUUGGUUAUAAGUUACUCAUUGACCCUAAUUGGGUUGUCUCACAUGUCCUCGUGUCUUAUCCAAAUGAACUCCUAGUAAGCGAAGUUAAUAACUUUAUUGGCAUGUGUUGGUUAAACCUGGUUGUUACUGGAGCUCUAGAAGAACAUAUGUAAACAAUUUCCUUGUUACAAGUACACGAUGCGAUGCACGGGUGAUGAUUCUCAAUUGGGAGAAAAAUUACCAAAUAUUCUCUAACCAUAUUUGGUGAUUGUCUGAUAGCAUAAGAAACGUGUUCAAUU